AUGGCAGAAGUGAGAGAAUACCUUUUCAAAAUUUUAGUGGUGGGCGACUUGGGCACAGGCAAAACCUCCAUUAUCCGUCGUUAUGUGCACAAUAUAUUCUCAAGCAACUACAAAUCAACUAUUGGCGUAGAUUUUGCUUUGAAGGUGAUUCAAUGGGGUCCCGAUUGGAUUGUUCGACUUCAACUGUGGGACAUUGCAGGACAAGAGAGAUUUGGCAACAUGACACGCGUAUAUUACAAAGAAGCUCUCGGUGCGAUCGUUGUUUAUGAUGUAACUAGGCCACAGACAUUUGAAGGGGUUACUAAGUGGAAAAAUGAUAUUGAUACCAAAGUGGCAUUACCGGAUGCAUGGGGAGGAGGACAGAUUCCAGUCAUUUUAUUAGCAAAUAAGAGUGAUUUAAUUCAAGAAGGCCAUGGACAACAUGCAAAUCCAACUGAGCUGGAUCAAUUUUGUCAGGAUAAUGGGUUUAUAAAAUGGUUUGAAACGUCAGCAAAGGAUAAUACAAAUAUCGAGGAAGCUGCACGCCAUUUGAUCUCCUCCAUUUUGAAAUUGGAGGAAGAAAACGCAGACAACGUUGUAAAUGAUGAAAAUACGCUUAAUUUAAAUCAACAACAACAGCAACAGCAACAGCAGAAUAACGGAUGCUGUUGA